UGAAGAUGUCCGAGAAGUGCAUGCUAUAACAAACAAGAUGUAACUUUAUCCGACUUCUUUGAUCAGGGUAAAUUGGCUUGAUGGAUUGCAUGAAUAAUUUCCUCUCCGUCACUAAUGAGAGGUCAGAAAGAGUGAGGAAACCCUGCAGGAACUUGUGAUGUCCGGCUUGAGCUCUGAGAUGCUGGAGCUGCGCUUAAUGAAGAACCAAGCAGAACCAACAACAUCUCCAUCCAGUUCGAGUUUUAUGGGCAAUAAGAGCAGCUGUGGUGAGCAACUUCUGCGCUAUGGGAAUACUGAGAAAGUGCUGAUCGGAGGACUGCUUAUCAUACUCACCGUUUCCACCAUUUGUGGGAAUUUAUUGUUGGUCCUGUCGGUAUGUUUGGUGAAGAAACUGAAGCAGCCCUCUAAUUACCCGAUUGUGUCUUUGGCUGUGGCGGACUUGGCUGUUGCUGUGGUUGUCAUGCCGUUCGUUAGCAUCACUGACCUUAUAGGAGGACACUGGAUCUUUGGUCAGCUCUUCUGCAAUGUUUUCAUCGCCAUGGAUGUGAUGUGCUGCACAGCGUCUAUUCUCACUCUGUGUGUGAUCAGUAUAGACAGGUAUCUCGGUAUAUCGAAGCCGCUGACCUAUCCUGUGAGGCGAAGUGGAAAGUGUAUGGCAAAAGUAGUGUUGAUUGUGUGGCUGCUUUCUGCUUCCAUCACGCUGCCGCCGCUGUUCGGCUGGGCUCAGAACGUCAAUGAUGAUAACGUGUGUCUUAUCAGCCAGGACCUGGGAUACACUGUUUAUUCCACUGCUGUGGCCUUUUACAUCCCCAUGUGUGUGAUGCUGAUCAUGUACUAUCAGAUAUACCGAGCUGUCAAAAUCAGUGUGGCCAAGCAUGCCAUCACAUUCCCACCGAGAGCUGAUGAUGGUGUGAGCUACGUGUCUGCUGUGCUGAAACUGCAGAGGGAGGUGAAGGAGCGUGCUAGCAUUACACGACUCCUGAGGAAUGAACGCAGGAACAUGUUCGUGUUCAAGCGCGAGCAGAAGGCAGCAACCACAUUGGGUGUUAUGGUGGGGGCGUUCAGUGUGUGCUGGCUGCCUUUCUUUCUGCUGUCCACGGUGCGGCCCUUUGUCUGUGGUGUGCGCUGCAGUUGCGUGCCCCUGUGGGUGGAGAGAACCCUGCUGUGGCUGGGAUAUGCCAACUCACUCAUUAACCCCUUUAUUAACACCUUCUUCAACCGAGACCUCAGGACCACCUACCAGAACCUUAUUUACAGAAACUUCAACGGCAAGUUCUCAGCUUCAAGCAUGCAGGAAGCACUGAAACUGCAAAACCAGACUUGAUGUAGAAAUAUUUAGAUACUUCGCUGAGAAAUGAUUUUUAAAGAGCAGGACUGGGUGAUGUGAGGCUCAGAAGACAUUUACAAGCUUGCUGAUGAGUUCACUGUUCUCAGAGGUUAUUUCUGGAUGGUAAUAGGUGGAAAACAUUUAGAAGUCUUGAUGUAAUCCACUAUUCAGUGCUCACUCUGUUUAAUGAAGCAGAGAUAUCUU